UUGGCCACCACCGCCGAGUCACCAACCACUCCCCAGCCGGCAGCCGCCACGCGCCACGUUCCACGCACAGAACAGUUGGAAGCGGAACUUGAUGCACUGCUCGGAAACCCAUUCAAAUCCUCCGAGGAAAAUCCGACAAGUCCGCGGCGAGCAGGGCACGGCGCCGGUCGACCGGAUCUAGGGUGAGGUGAGGGUCCGUGGCCGAAGAAGCUCGCAGGCUGUCGCGAGGAGGCGGAGGAGAUGGCCUCGGAGGAGAUGAAGGCGACGGAGGUGGCGGCGCUGCUGGAUCUGAAGCCGCACCCGGAGGGCGGCUUCUACGCCGAGACCUUCCGCGACGGCUCCGUCACGCUCACCACCUCCCAGCUCCCGCCCCACUACAAGGUUGACCGUGCUGUUAGCACUGCAAUCUACUUCUUACUUCCUGCAGGGAGUGUUUCACGUCUCCACCGCAUUCCCUGUGCUGAAACCUGGCACUUCUACAAGGGAGAGCCUCUCACGGUCUUUGAGCUUCACGACGAUGGUCACAUUGACCUUACUGUCAUUGGCCCACACCUCGAGGCUGGGCAGCGCCCCCAGUAUACGGUGCCACCGAACGUGUGGUUUGGCUCCUUCCCCACACUAGACGUCGAGUCGUUCGCGUCUGACGGCAGCGUUCUCGUCAAAUCUCGAAAGAGGGACCCCGAGCUGCACUACUCCCUUGUUGGCUGCACCUGUGCCCCUGGCUUCCAAUACGAGGACUUUGAAAUGGCCAAAUUUGAGGACGUGAGUUCCAUUGCUCCCAAGGCUGAACCCUUCCUCAAGUUCCUCAUUCCCUCUACCGAGUAACUCCUGAGCGGCCUCAGAUGAUUCUGGAUGGGUUCUUAGAUUCUCUGUACUGCCUACAGUACGGAUGAUGUUUUUAGUGUGGUUCCAUGAGGGUUCUGCUUUUACAAUCGUGUAGACAGUAAACUGUAUCUAUAUGUUGUGGUACAGAUUGAACAUUUGGUGCAUUGAAACAGAAUAACAGCUGGGCUUGAUGUUGAAACUGGAGGUGCUUUUGCAAAACUCUGAAACUGUCGCUCGAUGCUAGGAGAGCAUCGUAGGAUCUUGUAAGGUUUCACAUGGUUAAAAUCUGGCCAUCGAUCGUGCAGAGCUUA